AUGAUAUCUAAACAAUUAUUUAUAAUAAUACUCACAAUAUCAUUGACAGUAAUAUCAGUAGCAGUAGCAGCUGAUCCACAAUGUAUUGAUAACAAUGGAUCACCAGUGGAUUGGUGGGUGAUCUAUAAGAGACCAGCACUUAAGGAUCAACCAAGGAUUACUCCAUAUUAUAAAGGUUUUGGAUAUACCUACGCAGAUGCAAACUCCCAAACACUGAAUGAAGUCACCAACUCUUAUGUCAACGAGAGCAAGGCCCUCACCCUAACUUUGGCACCACUCUACCAGUCCAAGUCCCAAUACCUAUGGCUCGAGUACAAUGACCAACCGCCCAAUAUUUCAGUGUCCACCACAUAUGCCCAUGCCAAGGGUGCAUUGUCCUUUGGCAACACGACUGGCUUCUGGUUGAUUCACAGUGUUCCCAACUUCCCACCUGAUCCCAAGAUUGCCGACUACUCCUACCCUUGGAGUGGCACGGUCAAUGGACAGACCUUCUUCUGUGUCACCUACAAGUCCACUCAGUUUGAGUCCAUCAUCAACCAGUUGUACAUCAACAGAGUCUACGUAUAUAGUUCACAGGUACCAAAGUCAACGACACUGUCCACCACACAGCUGAGUGAUAUGCUUGGAGGUGGUUACCAGGCCGAUGCCACUGGACAUCAGACAGAGCUGACUUCGAAUGGUGGUGUAGCCAUCAAGUCCUACGCAAAGAAUACCAAGUGGAACAAUGACCUCUAUCAGUACUUGGUUCAACCAUCACUUGGCCAAGCAAUGGUGGUACAGUCAUGGCGCAAUGGUGCCAACGACACAUUGAUGCCAUCAUUCUGCAAGAGUACAUUGGGAGGCAACUACACGUACGAUAGUAUGAAUAUCAUUGAUCAGCAAGUCAAUCUGACAGGCGGUGUUCUGCUGGACUGGGACUACACUAUCGAUCAUAAGAAGAAGAAGGAGGAAAAGGUAGAGACCUUUAGGAUAUAUGCUGAUGUUGGUAUAAGGAAUGAGUUGCUCGAUGUCAUAAAGAGUAUAAAGAAGCAGCAGCAGCAGCAACAACAGGGAAACAAGGACAAUCCAGAAGAAUGCAAAGUACAUGAACUAUUUUAG